AUGCAGUCAUCGCAAUCAAACCUGCAGACUGGCCCUAAACCGAACUGGGUGCGAACGGGACUAUCGUGUGACCCAAUCGGGCGUAGUCUGGUGACGGGUGGAUCUCGGUGGACUCCUCUCUCGGGGCCAGAACACGCGGUGGGGCUCCACCUGUCACGCCCCUUUGGCGUCGUCAUUGGUGGACCGGAUCGUGUACCUGCAGCAGCCCACGCUAGUCCCGAUGGAGGCACACCAACCAAGUUUGACCUGCAGCCGCCCACUGGCCUCCUCGCAUUUCCCGUGACUGGCACACCCCCACCAAAACGAUCUUCGCUCGUUGUCUGGUCUCGUCAACAACCGUUCGCCCUUCUCGGUCCCCCGGUCCACCGGUCUCCCGCGUCUUUCGCUUUGACGAUUCUCGUCAGUCUCGAAGUCUUGACCUCCUCUACGACUGACAUUCACGCGGUGCUGUUCACAACGUGGUGCUUCGUACCAUCUUCAGAAGAACGGUGCAUGCGUCGGGUCCGCGUCAUUCCCAGUCAAUCUGUGCAGUGUGCACCACCCCUCAACCUCGCGAUUCUUCCUGAGGUUCUCCCUCCUCUCCGUGAACCACCACCCGGCAAACACCCCCAGAUUUUAAGGCUGGGACGACCACCAUCGCAGUUGACAUCCUCCUUAGCACGGAGACCGAACAUCUCCUCCGACCCGCGCAAUGGAUUAGGUGAUGAGUCGACACUCAUUUUCAUCCCAUUGAUUGGUGUUGCCUUGAUCUCCUCGACCGCGCAUGACGAGAUCAACCCCGUGUCAACAGAGGGGCCAUUGUUUGCUCACCACCCCCUUCGUGACCAGACACACAAGACCAAAUACAAUCACUCCUUAGAUCUCGAAUCCAUUCGUCUCUGGAUUUUCCAAUCUCACCAUCUUCGUCUCCAUUGCCGUUAG